UCCAAUUUUGUUUAAGUUUUAUUUUUCUUACAAUACGCCAGGUUUAUGGAAAACUUGAUAACGAAAGAAUUGAUUUGAAAAUCAUCUAUAAAGAAAUGUUAGAAUUGCGGGAGACCGUUCAGAAAUUGGAUAAUGUCGUUCAAAAACAAAGUGCCCGGAUAUGCGAUCUUGAAACAACAGUUACUAUCCAAAGUAACCAUAUUCAAGAUUUAAUGACCGAUAAGAAGACUGACAUAGAAUACCGUCGGAAACUGGAACGUCGUUUGAAAGUGAUUGAAAAUAAUUUUGUUGGGAAAUUUUUUGAUCCGAAGGAUUAUGUUGCGAAAAGCAGUAAUAUUUCUCCACAAGAAAAUGUGGAUAAGCAGGAAAAUACGGAUUAUAAAAGUGGAAUAGAUGGAUUGGUCAAAGAAAUUGUUAAUCCUAAAUUGAAUGCAAUUUUUCGGAAAGAGCGUUUUGUUUUAUCACAAGAUAACAUAGCCAGCGAUGGACUUGUUGCGUUCUAUUCCUACAUGUCCCAUCCAGAAAUUAACCCUAGUGCUCAUCUAACAUUAAUAUACGACGUCUCCGUUACCAAUGUAGGAAACGGAUACAACCACGUGACCGGAAUCUUCACCGCACCAACAAGUGGGGUUUACGUAUUCAUAUGGGUAACCCGAGUUUAUUUCGGGGAACAUCCUACCCAACUCAUGAUAAACAACGCUGUUUAUGGGGUCACCUUCCUUCGAGCAAGGGAUGGCGGUGAUGGCUCUGUAAGUGGGACCGUUGUGGCAAGCGUUACCAAAGGCGAUUCGGUCUUUGUGCGCGUUCAUUCUUCAUAUGCUGGUGAUGGAUACAUUCAUAGUAAUGAGCAUGGUUGGCCAUCAUUUUCUGGCUGGCUAUUACGUUGAAUUCCAAGGAGAAUUGAUUAUUG